AUGGCUGCCACUUUGCAAGCCGGCUCGGCCGCUUCGCUCAAGCUGGACGGCAACGCCUCCCCAUCCAGCCUUUCUUUCGAGCAGUUCGACUUGCCCACAACGAACCAGCGACGCUUGGGACCACCUCAUAAAGACGACACCGUAAUCCCGCUGGCCCUCCGCGCAACAUCCCAAGAUGAAAUAAAACUAGAGACCGCAGUCGAAAGCAUCCAGAGCCUGCAAGCCCAAGGUGGCGUCCUAACCAAUCUCCUCGCUCAACACGGUACCUUACUCUUCCGCGGCCUCCCAAUCAAGAAUGCAGAAGAAUUCAGCCAGUUCGCACACGCCUUUGGCUACCGGCCGCAUGAAAUCAUCGGCAUCGUCGUCAAUCGCCCAAUGCUAGCGCCCAACGUCGCGCCCGCCAACGAAGCCCCCAAGGAAGUGCUGAUCUACAACCACAACGAAAGCCCGCAGGUGCCGCACGCGCCGGAGUACAUUUUCUUCUACUGCCACAAGGCACCGCUGAAAGGAGGCGAGACGCCCAUCUCCAGCAGUGUCGAACUCUUCCAUCGCGCCCAGCAGGAAAUCCCAGAGUUCGUCGCCGAGCUGGCGGAGAAGGGCAUCCUGUCUAAAGUGACGUACAAAUUCGAGAAGCAAUAUGCCGGCGGUUCGACGCUGAAGCAAGCUUUUGGUAGAGAGGUCCAAGACGGCGACGACGUGGCGACGCAGCGGAGGAAGAUGGAAGCGCAGAUUCUGCGGUACGGCCGCGGAAAACACACGACUUGGGAGUGGACGGAUGAGGGCGUACUCCUCACGCACCGACUGCCGGCCAUUCGCACGCAGCCGCAUUCUAACCUCCCCACUCUAUUUACCGCACUGGCUGCAUAUUUCCGCAACGCGCAGGUGAAUCCCGGGGCGCGGGCAAAAGCCGUUACGCAGCUGUAUGGUGACGGCACCCCGAUUCCCGAGCGGUAUUUGGAGCACCUGGCGAAGAUUACGGAUGAGAUUCGUGUGCUGCAUAAGUGGCAAGAGGGAGAUGUGUUGGUGUACGACAAUGUUAUUGCUCAGCAUGGGCGGCAGCCGUGGGAGGGAGAGCAGUCGGACAGGGUGAUCCUGGCGUCGUUGUUUGAUGGGCCUAGUGUCCCGGGUGCGUAUACGGAUGCGGACUGGGCACAAGUUGUGCAGGCGUUGGAUACGGUUGAUGUGCAGGCCUAA